CAGUCCAUCUCAUCCCACCUUCUCCUCACAGAGAGCGGCGCCAACCCGAACCCUGCCUCGGAUCAGACGUCCAACGAAGCGGGCACGCCCCUCCGCAUCUCCCCGCGGCGCAGCAAGGACCCUGUCGGGGUCGCCAUCGGCUCGUCGCUAUGGCGCCCACCAUCCAGACUCAGGCCCAGCGGGAGGAUGGCCACAGGCCCAAUUCCCACCGGACUCUGCCUGAGAGGUCUGGAGUGGUCUGCCGAGUCAAGUACUGCAAUAGUCUCCCUGACAUCCCUUUUGAUCCCAAGUUCAUCACCUACCCCUUCGACCAGAACAGGUUUGUUCAGUACAAAGCGACUUCCUUGGAGAAACAGCAUAAACAUGACCUCCUGACUGAGCCAGACUUGGGAGUCACCAUCGACCUCAUCAACCCUGACACCUACCGCAUUGACCCCAAUGUUCUCUUGGAUCCAGCUGAUGAGAAGCUUUUGGAAGAGGAGAUUCAGGCCCCUACCAGCUCCAAGAGAUCCCAACAGCAUGCAAAGGUGGUGCCAUGGAUGCGGAAGACAGAGUAUAUUUCCACUGAGUUCAACCGUUAUGGCAUCUCCAAUGAGAAGCCUGAGGUCAAGAUUGGGGUUUCUGUGAAGCAGCAGUUCACUGAGGAAGAAAUAUACAAAGACCGGGAUAGCCAGAUCACAGCCAUUGAGAAGACUUUUGAGGAUGCCCAAAAAUCGAUCUCCCAGCAUUACAGCAAGCCCCGUGUGACACCGGUGGAGGUCAUGCCUGUCUUCCCAGACUUUAAGAUGUGGAUCAACCCGUGUGCUCAGGUAAUCUUCGACUCAGAUCCAGCCCCCAAGGACACAAGUGGAGCAGCUGCGCUGGAGAUGAUGUCUCAGGCCAUGAUCAGGGGAAUGAUGGAUGAAGAAGGGAACCAGUUUGUGGCCUAUUUCUUGCCUGUGGAGGAGACGCUGAAGAAACGAAAGCGGGACCAGGAGGAGGAGAUGGACUAUGCACCUGAUGACGUGUAUGACUACAAGAUUGCUCGGGAGUACAACUGGAAUGUGAAGAACAAGGCUAGCAAGGGCUAUGAGGAAAACUACUUCUUCAUCUUCCGAGAGGGUGAUGGGGUUUACUACAAUGAGUUGGAGACCAGAGUUCGCCUUAGUAAGCGCCGUGCCAAGGCUGGAGUCCAGUCAGGUACCAACGCUUUGCUUGUGGUCAAACACCGGGACAUGAAUGAGAAGGAACUGGAAGCCCAGGAGGCACGGAAGGCCCAGCUGGAAAACCAUGAACCUGAGGAAGAAGAGGAAGAGGAGAUGGAGACAGAAGAGAAAGAAGCUGGGGGCUCAGAUGAGGAGCAAGAAAAAGGCAGCAGCAGUGAGAAGGAAGCCAGUGAAGACGAGCACUCAGGCAGCGAGAGCGAACGGGAGGAGGGUGAUAGAGAUGAGGCGAGUGACAAGAGUGGCAGCGGCGAGGAGGAGAGCAGUGAGGAUGAGGCCCGGGCUGCCCGCGACAAAGAGGAGAUCUUCGGCAGCGAUGCUGAUUCAGAGGAUGAUGCUGACUCUGAUGACGAGGACAGAGGUCGGGCCCAUGGUGGCAGUGACAAUGAUUCGGACAGCGGUAGCGAUGGAGAUGGCCGACGGAGCCGCAGCCAGAGCCGCAGCCGUAGUGCCAGUCCCUUCCCCAGCGGCAGUGAGCAUUCAGCCCAGGAGGAUGGCAGUGAAGCUGCAGCUUCUGAUUCCAGUGAAGCUGACAGUGACAGUGACUAAAUCCCAGGGCCUUCAGGGCUGGCACAGACACAACGAUGAGCAGGAAGGCACUUUUCUAGUGGCCUGUGUGCCCUUCACCUGUUCGGCCCCCUUCCCAACCUCUGCUGUUAAUAAAGCCAGCUUCUCUUUA